CAGGAGCCUCGGAUCCCAGAUUUGAAUCAGUAAUAACCCCCUCUGAACGAUGAGCUCUCGGGAAGAUGAGAACAAGCCGAUCCUGCCUCCUGGUCCAGCCGUUGGCCGCAAGGUCACGGGCUACCUCAGCAUCGGUGGUCAGCAGUCCUUCUGUUCCCGUGUGCCUUGCGAAGGGGCUACGGGGGCCAACUUUGUGACUUGUCCCACCUGCCAGGGCACUGGGGAGAUCCCUCAAGAGCUAGAGAAGCAGCUGGUAGCCCUCAUCCCCUAUGGGGACCAAAGGCUGAAGCCCAGGCACACGAAGCUCUCCGUGUUCCUAGCAGUGCUUAUCUGCCUGGCGACCACCACCCUCCUCAGCUUUUUCCUGUUUCCUCACUCCAUCGCUCUGUUCUCUGCGGGCCUCAACUCCUCCACAGUGGCCUUUGACGAGGCCAACAUCUACCUCAAUAUAACGAGUAUCUUGAAUGUCUCCAAUAACAACUACUACCCCAUCACCGUGACCCAGCUGACCCUUGAGGUCCUGCACCUGUCCCACGUGGUGGGGCAGCUUUCCAAGAGCAGCCACCUCCACAUCGGCCCUUUGACCAGUAAACAGAUACCUUACACAGUAGCCAACACGAUCCAGGAUGAAAGCACGUAUAAAAUCUGUAAGUUCCUGAAGAUCAAAGUCCACCAUGUGCUUUUACAAAUCCAGGGCACCCUGACCUACUCCUACCUGAGCGAGUCGGAGCAGAAGGUUUUCCAGAAUAUUGAAUAUCUGGACUGCCGGGAAAACAGGUCACUGCCCCACUCACUGUCUUCUCAACUUUGACCUGUCUGCUGUCCCCGAGCUCCAGGUACCUGCCAACCUGGUCCAUGUUGCCCAUGUGUCUGUGACCAAGAAAGGAUUAUAGUGACUUUGCCAGAGGAAAAGACCUUUAUCUCACCCUCACUGCAUUUCCUCUAGUUCUGUAGAAGCUAACUUCACACACAUACUCGCACCCUCACACUUAAUAUCCUCUGACUCCCCAGAGGUUGAGAUGUGCGUCUGGUAGCCCAUGGCCCUGUCUUGAGGAAAGUCUGGCCUGAUGUUUAUGGGAGCUGCCUUGAGUCCCAGGGUGGCCCCUGGCCUUUCCUGUGCUGAGCUCCUUGG